AUGAGGCAAUUAGCGCGGUCAAAUGGAUCCCAAGUGCCUGGUAAUGGAGCUAAUCAAAAUGAUAAGAACAAUGGUAAUCACAUAGCGGUCAAUGAAGGAACAUAUGAAAAUUCUAGAAUGCGCUUGAGUCAUAUAAGGCAACUAGCACGGUCAAAUAGGUCGCAAAUGCCUAAUAGUGGAGUUAACCAAAAUGCUCCGAAUAAUGAAGAUCACAUAGUACUCAAUCAAGGAACCUCUGAAAAUGUCAUUCCUCAAAAUAGCAUGACCUAUAAUAACAGUGUUGUCCAAAUUCGUCCAGAUGAUGAAUCAAUUUUACUUCGAGGAGGCCGCCUGUUACAACAAUAUGUCGUCGAUAAUUAUGUGAAAAUUGAGACACAAAAGCUUAAAUGGAUUCGCAGUAAUCAAGAUACCCUGCGACGUGAACUUUAUAAUGGACUCCAAGACUCGCUAAAUGCUGGUGAAAACAAUGCAGGUAACAUUGGUCGCAGAACUAUUAUACCUUCCUCAUUUAUCGGUAGUCCACGUGAUAUGCACCAGAGAUACCAAGAUGCAAUGGCUUUAGUCCAAAAAUACGGGAAGCCAAAUAUUUUCCUCACAAUGACAUGCAACCCGAAUUGGGAAGAAAUAAAGGCAGAGUUAUUACCGGGUCAAGUGGCACAAGAUCGCCCUGAUUUAUGUACCCGGAUUUUUCGUGCCAAAUUUGAAGAGCUGAAGGAAGAUAUUAUCAAAAAAGGGGUCUUAGGUACUGCUGUUGCACAUGUUUAUGUCAUCGAAUUUCAAAAACGUGGUCUCCCACAUGUUCAUAUGCUUCUCAUGUUAAAUGACGAUGAUAAGUUGAAUAACCCGGAUGAUUAUGACAAAAUUGUUCGAGCUGAAAUACCAAGUCAAGAUGAAGAACCGGAGUUGUACAAUGCCGUAUUAAGGCACAUGAUACAUGGUCCAUGUGGAGCACAUAAGCGUAACGCCCUAUGUAUGAAGCGUGGGAGUUGUAAACGAGGUUAUCCUAAGCCCCUUUCAGCCAACACAUUUCAAGAGAAUGACUCUUAUCCCAUUUACCCUAGGCGAGAUGUUCACCCAAAUGCAGAAUCUGAUUUCAAUCAAAGUAGACAAGUAGAUAACAGUUGGGUUAUUCCGUACAACCCUUGGCUACUCACAAAAUAUGAUUGUCAUAUCAAUGUCGAAGUCUGUUGCAGCAUUAAGAGUGUUAAGUAUUUGUAUAAAUAUGUCUACAAAGGUCCAGAUAGAUUAACAUUUGAAGUUCGACCCGAAGCUAAUGAAGAUGAAAUAAGGAAUUUUGUUGAUGCAAGAUGGGUUUGUGCACCAGAGGCUUUGUGA